AUGAGUCAGAAGGUAGAAAAACCAGUAUUAUCGGGUCAACGGAUCAAGACCAGAAAAAGAGAUGAGAAAGAGAAGUACGACCCGAACGGGUUCCGCGACGCUCUGGUCACGGGGCUCGAGCGCGCGGGCGGCGACCUGGACGCGGCGUACAAGUACUUAGACGCGGCCGGCUCCAAACUAGACUACCGCCGCUAUGGCGAGGUCAUAUUCGACGUGCUCAUCGCCGGGGGGCUUCUGCUUCCCGGUGGAUCCGUGUCGAUGGACGGGGAAUCCCCCAAGACCAACACAUGUAUCUUCAACGCCAGCGAAGAUAUGGAGACUAUGCGCAACUUCGAACAGGUAUUCGUGAAGUUAAUGCGUCGUUAUAAAUAUCUGGAGAAGAUGUUUGAAGAAGAAAUGAAAAAGGUCCUAGUUUACCUGAAGGGCUUUGAACCCCACCAACGACUCAAGCUUGCCCGCAUGACCGCCCUCUGGAUCGGCAAUGGCUGCGUGCCACCGUCAGUGCUGCUGGUGCUAGUGAACGAGCAUCUGCUGAAGGAUAACCUGGCGCUGGAGUUUGUGCUGGAGGUGUUCGCCACGGUGAAGGCGGAGCGCGGGGUGGCCUCCCUCGUCACUGCACUCAAGAAGGGACAGCUGGAAGGCAGGUUGCUAGAGUUCCUGCCGCUGAACCGUCGCACGGAGGACACGCUCGCCGCGGCGUUCGCGGCGCGCGGGCUCGGCGAGCUGCUGCGCCUGCACCGCGCGCAAGCGUCGCAGGAGGCGCGCCGCGAGCUCACGCACGCGCUGCUGGAGCAGCUGGCGGACGCGCGCGGCGUGCGCGACCUGGUGGCCGACACGCGCGACGCCGCGCUGCGCCACGCCAUCCCCGACCACGAGGUCGUCGCCAUCAUCUGGCAGUGUGUGAUGUCUCGGGGUGAAUGGAACAAAAAGGAGGAACUGUUGGCGGAGCAAGCGGCUAAGCACUUGCGCCACUACACACCGUUGCUGGCCGCUUUUGCGCAGUCGGCUAAGGCCGAGAUUGCUUUGUUGACUAAAGUGCAAGAGUACUGCUACGAGAACAUGAGCUUCAUGCGCGCGUUCAGCAAACUGGUCCUGAUGCUGUACAAGACUAACGUGCUCUCCGAGGAGGUGAUCCUCAAGUGGUACCGCGACCCCAACUCCAGCAAGGGCAAGGUCAUGUUCCUCGACCAGAUGAAGAAGUUUGUCGAGUGGCUGCAGAGCGCCGAGGAAGAAUCGGAAAGCGGCGAGGAGGAAGAU